CCUGUUAGGUGCCCGUUGUGAGUCAGGCGGACAGCAAGCUCAGGCAACACCAGGCAACGCUACCCGAAGCAAGGGAAGGACACAACACAGACAGAGAAGACAGACAGACAUCACAGACUGCUGGCUACCACAGCCAACCGCUCAGAGGGGGUGGCGUGGAGGGUGAGGAGGCAGGGACGGAGGGUUGGCUAGACGAGUGAGCAGCGCAGCCGUGUAAUUGUGCAUUGAAUUGAAUGAUGGGGUUGACGGAACUGCUGACUGUUCCUUGGCUUGUAUGAGGGAGAUGGGGCGGCGCGGAGCGCCGACCACGGGGUCCUUUUGUGGGUCUGUAUGCCGCUGGCCUGGAGAAGACGAGUAGCAGCAGCGCGCCGGGGUAACUUUCUCCUCGUCUACGGUGAUUGAGCUAGACCUUCAGUUACAAUGCUGCUGGUUGUGGUGUGAUAUGCUUCUAGGGUUUGUAAGUGAAGGGGUCAAGCCGCCGUAUGCUCUUCUGCUAAUCCCAGCAGCGAAGCUGUCUCAUCGAACGAGCGUGUUUGGUUGGUUUUCCAAGGGCAGAUGAUGCAUCAGGUCUGCCGUUGAACAGUCCGCGCAGGUCAUACUUGUUCUGCGGGGAGGCGAAGGGGAGAUGGUUGGGGAAACUGGCGCGACCCGUAGCCUUUUUGCGUGUGACCCCCUUGGGGCGGAAUGAGGAAGUAUCUCCUUACCGUCCAGUUGCUACGCUGCGUCUCCUGCGUGUUCGCUGUUGAUCUCACUCGCUCGCUUACUCUGCCUGCACGAAAUCGAUAGACAAAGACUCGCUCGCUCGCUCUGCCUGGACGAAAUCGACAGACAAGGACACGCUCGCUCGCUCGCUGUGCCAAGGACGUAACGUGCGUCGGCGCUUGAGGAGCUCGUGCGCCGUCUCUGUGGAUGUGUAUGAGACGAUAGGAGGGGACAAACUGAGCAGGAAGACGUGAGAGCUGUCCUUCUCUGUGCCGUUCCGCCAGGAGGAACGUGAAGAAUCUCCCAGUGACGUGGCUCUCGCUCGUAGCUUGUCAUAGGCAACACGUGGCCAUCUCGUGAAAGGAGAAUCAGACGGACAGCACUCACGAUGCGCGUAGAAGAGUGGCGGAACUGCACACAAGCUGGAUUUCAUUUGGUAGCAUGCAAGGUGCUGAAGAGGGUUGUGUGAGCGCGGCGGAACGUCCUUGCAGGAGUGUUGCUGUGGGCCGGGAAGUAGAGGGGGAAGAAGCGGAAGCAGGAGGAGGUAUCUGGUGACUUGCGGCUUGUGUUGCGCAGUCUCUGUUGCGUAUCUGUGUGUGUAUGUGUGCGUAAGCGAGCGAGCGAGCGAGCGAGCGCGCGCGCGCGCCCGAGAGAGAGAGAGAGAGAGAGAGAGAGAGAGAGAGAGAGAGAGAGAGAGAGAGAGAGAGAGAGAGAGAGAGAGAGAGAGAGCACUGGAAUCGGAGGUGGUGGGUUAGGUUGCGAGGGGAGAAGGUGGAAGCGGGCUUUGGCAGGCGAAGGGGGGGCAGCGCUGACCGCGCGCUCUCUUCGAUCUCUGGAGGCUUAUUCGCACUGAUAAUAUGUCUGCCGUGGUUUGUGGGAAGCGUUCCUACUUUGAGGACUUGCACGGCUCGCCGCCAACCGUCGCGAAGAGGUUACGGUGCGGAGGGUCGCCUUCAAGAUUUGCGAGCUCGCCCCCGCCCCUCCGGACUGGCUAUUUUGCCGGCGCUGGUGGGGCGGGGACGGCAACUUCUCCCUCUCGGUCGCCGUCAUUCGAGGACAACCUUCUCCAACUCCGGUCCUUCUUCCCUGAUAUGGAACAGCAGUUAAUCGAGAGAAUACUGGAGUCUUCGGGCAAUGACCUUGAUUCGGCUAUUCGGAGCCUGACCGAGUUGAAGCUACGUCCGAAUGAAACCGCGGAUCAGGAUGGCGCUGUAUCCGCUGGCGUGAGUUCUAGCCCUUCUUCAGCAAGGUCACCAGCAGGAGCUCAAGCCGCUCCAACAGUCGAAGAAGCAACUCAGCCGCAGUUGAGCUCUUGUGCGCACACAGAGAACGGAAAUUCGGAAGCUGAAGCUGGGCCGUCGUCUGCAAAUGAUGCUAGUACGGCCAAUGUUCCAGAGGGAAUGGAAUGGGUGGAAGUGAUCGUGCGGGAGAUGUAUGCAGCAACAAACAUACAGGAUGCAAGAUCACGUGUUGCAAGGAUCCUGGAGGGCUUUGAGAGGCUUGUGAGGGAGCGGGGUGGAGCGGCUGCUCUUGAGAAGGAGAACGCGUCACUGAAGGAGCAUAUUCAGGCUCUUCUGAAGGACAACACCAUAUUGAAAAGAGCUGUUGCGACACUGCACCAUAGGCAACAGGAGCAUGAGGAGCGAGCUGUGGAGGUUCAACAACUUAAGCAGCUUAUUGCUCAAUACCAGGAACAGCUUCGUGCGCUUGAGAUUAGCAACUACACACUGUCGAUGCAUCUCCGGAAGGCCCAGGAGCACAACGCAAUGCCUGGUCGGUUCCAUCCAGAUGUUUUCUAAGGGAGAGCCUCAUGCGCAGGACAGCUGCUGGGCGUCUGUUGCUGAUUUGCAGUUCACACCGCUUGUGCUUACUGGGGGCCACAGCGCAAAGCCGGGUUGGUUCCAUCCUCACUAUUGCUGACGGCUGUGCUUUGUCGCUGAGUUCUGCAUAUGCUUUUUAUUCUUUGCUAUAUCCGAGGCAAGGAUGAGAACCUGGGGCAAUGCUGGGGUGAGUUCCUUGCCUAUGGUUUCCAAUGGACCACAUGCAGGAUUGCUUCUCGGAUUCUGUCACUGAAUACACCAUUCGUGUGUGUACUUCUUGGUGUGCCGUCUGACCUGAGUUGUUGUUGUUGCCCGAAUGUCAUUGCUGCGUUGCAAUCCGGAUUUGCGGCCGGCCCUGUGUUCCGUCUUUGACACUAGCACUUGCGCUAUUCAGUUUCCCGAAACCAAGUGGCGUUUACAGAGCUCAGUUUGUAUGUAUUGGCCAAGUGCAGUGGUGGUUCUUCUUCGGGCCACCUGAAGACACUUGGGCUCUCUGUGAUGUUAGAGAGUACUAUUUCUUGCUUGGCUGCCACCAACAGCAUUGUACAGAUGAUGAUGAUGCGAUGGGAUCCAUGCCGCUGCUGCUGUCAGUCUUUGCCGCUCUUUGAGGAAGUCCUCCUUCCGCAGGUUGGUAUUGUCCGCAUGGCCUCUGCAGUGUAGAGGGACGAUCUGCAUGUAGGACCAACGGAAGCAUGAGACCGAUUGGGCACAAACGUGCAGUUAUUUGUUGUGUGUGAGACUUGGACGAACAGACUCGAGAUGAGUUCUGGUUCUUCUCUUCCAAUGUAGAUCUAUUUUUACUUCGUUGUCAGGAGUUUUAUGAAAUGCCGUUAUUAGUAAUCUUCAGGCAGGUCUCACCUGGGGGAAAGCUGAUAUAUUCCUAUUUGAAUAAAUUGCGGAGGGUUUUGCCUGCAUUCAUUUUGCAUGUAAUUGGGCUCUCUCUGUGUUAGUUUGGAGUGGCCUGAGGUAGAUGAUUGGCAACCGCAGGAGGGUAAAUAUGCAAGUGACACUUUUCCCAUUCGUGCGAGUGAGUGCAUGUUAGGGGCGCACAGCGCAAAAUGGUUGUGCUGUUCGUACAGAGAGUGGUGGGUGGAAGUGCGUGUGAGCAUGAGGGUGGAGACACCAAUUUGUAUUUGGCCAACCCUCCUGGACCUCUGUGAGCUGGUGGUUUUGACGAGGGAGCCGAGGUCGGUGGUUGGGGGGAUGGGGGGCGGAGGGGGAAGUGGUGCUGUUGUGCUUUUGGGUGUGAGGAUUUCCAUGUCAGUUCGUAACAAAUCGAGCUAGCCCUUUUAGACUAGUGACUUGAUCUGUAUUUGACAGCAGUUUUGGUUCCGGAUGAAAAUCCUGUUUCAACAGCUCGACCCGUGCGGAUGAUUAACCUUUCCGUACUGUCUGGAAACAAAAUGCUGAUGCAGGAAGGAAAUGCCUGACAUUAGACUGUGUGGGGUUUCGCUUGCGGGACUCACUCGUUGUCAUUCUCGAGUAACCAAUGAAUUGGCGAAGACUGA